ACCUGCCUGGGGCUGAAAAGUCAACUAUUUAUUUUCAAGAUUCAGCAAAAACAGCCAUGUUUACUUUACUCCAACCUGACACGGCAUCUAGUACGUUUUGACGUAUGAUGUACACCUGUUUCUGUCAAGGAUCGGAGGGUGUUUAUGUCGCUGGAAAUUGACGAGGAUUGCGGAAAAUCAGUGAGAAAUUACGUGAAAGUGUCCGUAAUCGAGUCACGCACGUCGGUGCACGGAGUGCGAACAGUUCGGGUAGGCGUUUGAGCGGAAAAGAUGUCGUAAAAGCGGGCGACGUCGAUGCUGCGUGGUCGCCACCAAGAUGUUUGUAAUUAAAGAAUUUUAGGACCCAAUAUGCAAAACAAAACGGAAAUUUUAUAAAACUCACUUCAACUAUCGAAGUCUAAUUGGAGCGAGGCCGAUUGAAAUUCCAGUCGGUCUAAAAUGGGGGCGGCUACCUCAUCCGAUUGUCAAGCGAUUCCAUCAACAUCUGGUGGUCUUGGGCAACCGAUACCAUCAAGUGGAAGUGGAAUUGCAAGUGGCGGAGCCAGCGGAGCUUCACACUUUCGGGAACAGCGUCGCAAACGUGUAACAGGCUUCGCUACAUUGAAACGGAAAUUCAUCAGACGUAGACGUUCAUCAAAGGCUUGUGAUCAUGCGCGGGUUCUUCGUGAUUUUGUUUCGGACUGGAGUCCACUAGAAUUAGCGGCGUUAUGUGAAGAAUAUGAAGCUUUGGCGGCCCUAAAAGAUCUCUCCGUUCAAGCGGAAUUAGCACGGCCGCCUGCAACUACUUUCAAACAGGACCUGUCGACAUUGUUCGACAUGAAAACCUGUACAGAUUGUGAUCUAGUUUUUCGUGGUACUGUAUUUCCGGUUCAUAGAUCUAUACUAUCGGCUAGGUGUUCAUAUUUUCGCGAGUUGCUCGCUGGAUGUCCUGGAUUUGGUGCUCGGAUUUGUCUGGAACUCCCCUCGUCACCAAUCGAUGUUCAGAUGUUCUCAUCACUGUUGCGUUAUUUAUAUACUGGGGACUUGUGUCCGCACGAUCCAACUAUUGAUAUUAAUAUCCUUAGACAGCUGGGCGACGAUUUUGGAACUCCAAAUCCAUUGGAGCACGAUUUGCGGUAUCUGUUGGAGACCGGUGAUUAUGCAGAUGCAGCUCUAGUUUUUACGUCCGAAGGCAACGACUACCAUCGGCCAGAUUCAGGGAGUUCCGAAUACGGAUUCCGGCCCAAGUUGGAACUACAAUGUCACAAAGCGAUACUCAGUGCACGGUCGCCUUUCUUUCGCAAUCUAAUUCAACGGCGGACAAGGAAUGUGGAAGAGUAUGCUGAACGGGCGUUGCACGUUCCUACUAGGAUUGUUUUGGAUGAAAGUGUAAUACCCAAGCGAUAUGCUCGAGUUUUACUUCAUGCAAUCUAUCUGGACACGGUAGACUUAACUCUGAUAUUACGUGGAGCUGGAAGCGGCAGCAGUGCAGGUAGCCUAGGUGAAGUUCAUGCUCUUACGCAUACAGGACGCGUUCGUCCCACACCACUAGAGGAAGCUAUGGAACUAUAUCAGAUUGGAAGGUUUUUAGAGCUAGAUAUUCUAGCGCAAGGGUGCGAAGACUUGAUAUUAGAGUGGCUAACGUUAGAAACUUUGCCAACCGUACUCAAAUGGGGCAGCCAGCCACAUGGUUCCGCCUGGGUAUAUCGACAAGCGUGCCAAUAUCUGCGGGAAGAAUUCUCCGCAGUGGUUAAUUCACAAGUUUUACAUCAGUUGGACAAAGCACAGUUGAUUUGUGCACUUCAGAGUAAUUUCUUGCAGGCUUCAGAACUAGAAGUUUUACAGGCAGUACUUAAAUGGGGCGAAAUAGAACUCAUCAGACGAAUGGAAGAUCGAGAACCGAAUCUCCUAAGCCACACAGCGCAUUCAGUAACCCGCAAGGGUGUAAAAAAACGGGACCUUAGUGAUGUAGAAUUAAGAGAAAUACUAUCAGAACUAUUACCAUUAGUGCGAAUGGAUCAUGUUCUUCCGCCAAAUAGUGAUAUUCUAUGUCAAGCAAUACGUCGGGGACUAGUUAGCACCCCGCCUUCGCAUAUGAUUGGCGACGAACGCGAAAAUUUGCGUGUGAAUGCAUGGAUUCGAGGUGGGAAGAAUCAAGGGCUGUUUGUACGUCCACGCCUGUUUAUGCCCUACUACGAAGAGGUAAAGGCUUUGCUUGAAGAUCGAAUGGCCUCCUCACAUCAUGUCGAGCUGAUGAGGAUACGUAGAUCUCGUCACCUGCCCGACAUACCGGACACGUUAUACAUGGUGUCUCGAAUGAAUGCCGGAACGGACAGUGUUGACGUUUUGGCCGCUGCUGCAGCAAUUCCUGCCCCUGAUAACGCAACAAUGACAGCUAUGAUCAAGCGCGAGCACAAGCUUCGACAAACGCCUAUGUGUCAGCGGGCUCUCUUGUUGCCACUCUCAUCGAAACAUGAAAUCAAUCGCCAAAUUCGAUUACGUGUGGUGCGUGAAUUCAACCUCCCCGAUGCUGUGGCAGAUCUGCUAGAGAAUUCUAUGAAUCAAUGUAUAGAUGAAGUUGCUGCUAUUCAAAACGAUGAAAUGGAGGAGGACCAAACUCCGCCUCCAUCACCAGCAAUGGCCAACGAGACUACAGUACAAAAUAUCUCGCCAUGUUACAAUCGAAACAUGACGUUCCCGCGACAGCACCUUAGUCAUCAUCAAAAUUACAAUCGUCUAUCGGCUCAUCGAUCUGAAUUGCCGGCGAUUAUUACCGAGGGUGAUUAUCGUUUUCCACCCAUGCAUGAUGAUGAGAAUACGAAUUCGUGUCCGGAAGGGCAUCUCUCGGAUAUGAUGCCGGACGUGGCAAUGGCUACUGCAUCGCUAGGACAAUUACAUUUAUCAGGCGAGCCGCCGGAUAGUUUGCAACUGGAUUUAGGAGACGGGCCGAGCCACAUCAUGGGAGCGGCCGGAGCAAUUGGGUUGCGUGGCAUACAGCAUCAAAUACCAACGAAUAACUAUCAUCAUUUCAAUCAACGCUCGAAUUCACCGUUCGACGGAACCUAUCGUCCGGCGCAAGGACCGCAAGGAUCAUAUAAUUCUGGGCCACCGCGUUACUUAUAGAGUUUGAGAGUGGCCCCCGAUGCGGGCCUACAUUUUAGUAUGCCUUUUUGAUGAAUUGCGAUCGCGUAAAUGCAAUUGUUCAGUCGCAAACACAAAGCAAACGAAAAUGUUAAGCCAGAAAAGGAUAUCCAUUCAGUAAAAAAUAAAAAUAAAAACUACAAAAAAAAAAAUAAUUCAAACAUCGACAUUCGUCAAAGAAAAGCAUUGCGUUAAUAUGUCGAUAAAAUUUAUUCUAUUAGAAUUGAAAAUGGGAAAAGUCCACUUUUUCGAGUGUUUUAUUAGGAACAGCAAAAAAAGUUUAGUUUGCGUUAUUAUUUUUGAAUAUUCGAGAUAGCGUUGAAUGAAUUUCAUUACCUCCAAGGGGACAAAAACAAGUAAUUUAAGACGAAAACAAAUUAGAAUUAUCUCUCCUUCAUUUCGUAGGACACAAAAAAAAAACACAUUUUGGAAGUGGAGAUAUGCAAAUGCGCCAGAAACAAUUGUUUUUGAUCUCACGUCGCUUUUUAUCGUUUCCUGCUUACGGUUAGAGGAUCCUCUCUGUUUAUUUUACCCGCUGGGAGCUCGAUAUAAAUAUAAAUUACGAAGUUGUUAAAUUCUGCGAUGCCUCGAUGAUGAAUUUCGUUUUCGCACCUUUCAUUUCUAUAUUUUCCACUGACUUUUCCUUUCUUAUGUUUUGCGCGCAUGAAAAACUGUGAUCUUUUGAGAAAAACGGAAGCACGACCAUAGACAGACACUCUAACGUUAAAUUUGCUGUUGAUUUAAUUCCCAACAAAUUUUGAAAGAUAUUCCUUCUGAAGUAGAAAAGGAUGCUCAGUUCGUCCAUAGGAACGCAGGACCUCAGCGCAGAGUCCGCGUUCAAACACCCAAGUGGAAAUUUGCUUUCUGCACCCGUAUCAAUAUGUAAAUCUUGAAACAUUGCGCUCUGCAUGCAGUAGAAUCUAGUCAUUUUGAUUACGCCUCCACCGCAGCCCUCCUACAUAACACUGAGCAGAAAUGGGCAUCCUAGGAAGGAAGAACCUCGAAAAAUCCGAGCAAAUGAUUGCUGAAGUCAUUGAUUGGAAAUCAGGAAGACAGGUUUUGUUUGACGUAAGAAUCGCGAAUUGGAUCAUACUCAUGACCUUUGGAAUAUUAACAAAUUGAAAUGAACAAUAUAAAAUGUAUAAAAAGAAACGAAUAUAAUAAUUUUGAAAGGGAAAAGCUUUUCCCUUUGUUAUUUUGAAUUCAAAUCGAAACGAAUCGUUUUGGUAGAUUUACUGAAAGACAGACACAAAUUGACUAUUAUAUUUUAUAUUUACUCUUCAUUGAAAUUUAUAAUUAAAUUAUUAUAUUAAUAAUAUAGCGACUAUAUUAUACAUGAAACGCAUUAUCAUUAAUGUUAUAUAAGUUUUUAAACGCAAAAGUCUAAAAUACAAGAGAAGUUAUCACUGAAAAACUAUUUUCGAUGCUACUAUUAUUUUAUCGGAUAAGUUUAGGAGUAAACGAAGGACAAGAGAGUACAACGUUUACGUUGUCGUUUAUUCUUUAUUUCUCUUUAGUUGUUUAGUAAUUUAUUUAUUGAUCGAGACAAAUUAAACAAACGUAAAACAAUGGAACAAGAAAACCAAUAAAAAGAGAAAAAUUACAUAGAAAUUAUUGAAUUAAUUAAGAAGGUAAAAACAAACAAAAUAUUCUAUCAUUACUAUAUUCUUAUCGUAUAUUUAUAAUUGUAAUUUACAAACAAAGAGAGAUAAAAAGUGAAUAAUAAGAAAUAAAGAGAGCAAAGGAACAUAUUCUUGAGAAAAAUAAACCCAGAGUCGGAUAUAGAACACACUCCCAAACAGACAUACACAGAACAACAGAAAACGUUCAACAAUGUUAUAUUUAAAAUAUAAAACAACAAAUUGAAAAA